UUGUACACGUGUUAACACAGCAACAGUAAAGCCAUUGAGUAACUGGAUAGUUUGAUGUUGUAUUAGAAGGAGAAGCACAGCAGAUAGGACUCUCAGUCUCAGAAACAAGACUGGAGAUAUUGUAGUCAUUAUUUACUCAAACUACAAUUCAAGUUAUCCAGUUAGAACUGACAGGAAAGACUGUAAUAGGAGAGCUUUGAAUAAAUGGAUCUCAAAACCAUCUUGGGAAAUGCUGCAACAGUAUGUACAGUUGCAAGUUUUUUUAGCGGAGCGUUUGUCUGCCAAAAAAUUUGGAAAAAAGGAACCACAGCAGAUAUAUCACCAUUCCCAUUUUUAACAGGUGUCUUGUGUGGUGUGUUAUGGCUCCGUUAUGGACUUUUUAUUCAAGAUUCAGCAGUAAUUAUUGUCAAUACAAUUGGUCUUACCUUCCAGACAGUUUACGUGCUGUGGUAUUACAUCUUCACACUGAACAGGCAAACACUACAUAAACAACUUUUUGGAAUUGGUAUUCUUUUGCUGGGAUUGUUCUCUUACCUCAUCUACAUCACUAAAGGUAAAGAUGAAGCAACUUUUGCUUCUGGACUAAUGGCCAGUGGAGCAAGCUUGGCAUUCUGUGCCGCACCUCUCUCUUCAAUGGCUGAUGUUAUAAAGACGAAAAGUGUGAAAAUGUUACCUUUUCCAAUCAUCUUGACUACUUUUGGAAUGACAUCCUUGUGGUUUAUGUAUGGUUUUAUGUUGAAUGACAAGUUUAUUCAGGUACCCAACUUGAUUGGUGCCAUGUUAGCAGGAUUUCAGCUGUCUCUGUUUGUCAUUUAUCCAUCCAAAACCAGAACAGAUGUUAUUCCAAUCUGACGAGCUCUAGCACUGAGUGAAGAUGUCGUAGGCAGCAACAUACAACAAUGUACAGUUGAAAUGCUAUUAGACAUUCCACAUACUGUAAACCCAUGUUGGACUAAUAAAGAUAUAUGUAAGUAAAAGUAUUAUUAGUCUUGUUAUAAUUAUCACAUUUAUUAACAACUAACCUGUAGUAGAGCUCUAGCACUGAGUGAAGAUGUCGUACGCAGCAACAUAUAACAAUGUACAGUUGAAAUGCUAUUAUACAUUCCACAUACUGUAAACCCAUGCUGGACUAACCUAUACCAGUGCAGUAUGUGAGCAUAUUGUUUUUACUGAGUUAUUAGACUAGUUAUAAGAAAAAAAACUUAUUUGUCCACCAAAACUGAUAGAAAUACAUCUCCCCACUGACAGAAUAAUACCUGGGAUUUGAAAGUUUUGUGCUUUAAUUCAUACUAGAAGAAGUUACUUAUUGAAUCUGUUCAAAAAAUAUAACUAUGCUCAAAUAUGUUGAUCCUAGCUCAUUUAUGAUUGCUAGAGUUAAAAUGAUAAACAAACAACUUCUCUUAUAAUGUAGGUUUGUUUAUUAUACUUUGUUGUUUUAUACUCUGGAUCCUCACUUCAGAAUUUAACUGUAAAACAAAAAUGUUUGUUAAAAUUGUCUUAACAUAGUCAUUGAUUGUGUAUUAUAUAUAUGUUGAGUUAUCAACAAACAAACAUCUGUUCAGAUUGUCUUAA